AUGACUUGUUCGAAAGAGAAUGGAUCUGCAGUGGACGACCGCGGUUUUACAUUUUUGAUUAUCCUGGCUGCCAUCGUAUGUUAUCAUUUGUAUGCUAUUCCGGACAAGAGUUUAUGGGCUGGUGAUCUUCAAUUGUCACCAGUGCUUUACUCUGUCGGUGGAUUAGUGGGCCAAGGGUUGAUAGCGAUUUUAUAUGGAGCUCCGUAUAGCGCAAUCGUCAUCAAUGGCAUCGGCUCAUCGGUUGCUUUCAUUCUUGGUUUGGCCGGACUUGCUGGUCUCUAUGAUUGGGUGGGAAAAUAUGAAGAAUAUCCGAUCUACACCAGCGACCAUCGCUGCUGCCCAGGUCAAACAAUUCGGCACGGAAAUGGUCGGUUCCGGGGUAUUUCGGAGAUUUCAUGGAAGCAGUAUUCCCGAUGA